AUGCGGUGUCAGACGCGAGAUAAUGUGAGUAUUGUCUGCGCUUGCCUUUUCCCUGAUUUUGAAUUAACCAACCCCCCUCGCAGUAACCGCAGCGCCUACGGCCUGACGACGUAUGCCUACUUGUUCUCGGGCAACUUCAGUAACAUCACGCCUCGAUACUGGCUAGGCGGCAUGCACGGCUCCGACAUCCCCCUUGUCUUCGGCACGCAUUACCAGUUCCGCGACAACUCGACCGAACUCGAGUGGGAGACAAGCUACGCCAUUGAAGCCUUCUGGAUCUCCUUCGCCGCCAAUCCCUCUGCGGAACCCCGAAAUCAUCUCGGCCAAGCAUGGCCCAAGUACACGGCAGCGAGCCACCAGAUCGUCGUGUUUGGUAACGCAACGGGGCUCGGCGCGUCAUAUGUCGCGUCAGGAGAUUGCAAACAAGUACAGUGGUCCAUGCUAGCUAUUUGA